CAGAGAGCGCGCGAUUUUACCGCUCGAGCAGCAGCAGAAACAGCUCUGCGAGAGAAGAGAGGAGAGAGGAGAGAGAGGAGAGGAGGAAGGGGCAGAGAGAGGCACUCAGGGCUGGACAGCAGGGACAGGUGGCAGCCUUACUCACCGACCCGCGGUGGAAAUUUCACCUCGGACUCAGAGACAGGCUCCGUUCAAAUCGCCUCAGGCGCUGUAAUCAGUCCCAACUACAUGCCUGUCAGGUUUUCACAGUGAUAGAUUAACCCCCCCACCCCCUCGAACAGAAAUGGAGAACGCGCACACUAAAUCUUCAUCUGAAGUUUUAAGACACUUCAACGUGAACGAAAACACUGGACUGACGCUCGAGCAAGUGAAGGCUAGUUUGGAGAAAUAUGGACCCAACGAGCUGCCAGCAGAGGAAGGAAAGUCUCUGUGGGAGUUGGUGGUGGAGCAGUUUGAGGAUCUGUUGGUCAGAAUUCUGCUGCUAGCUGCCUGUGUUUCAUUUGUGCUGGCGUUGUUUGAGGAAGGCGAGGAGUCCACCACAGCCUUUGUGGAACCUAUAGUCAUCCUGCUCAUUCUGAUUGCCAAUGCGGUCAUUGGAGUUUGGCAGGAACGCAAUGCGGAGAACGCUAUUGAGGCUCUGAAGGAGUACGAGCCGGAGAUGGGAAAAGUUUACCGCAUGAACCGGAAGGCAGUGCAGAGGAUCAAAGCGAGGGACAUUGUGCCCGGAGACAUAGUGGAAGUGGCCAUUGGUGACAAGGUGCCUGCUGACAUUCGAAUCGUCUCCAUUAAAUCCACUACUCUACGUGUGGACCAGUCCAUCCUCACAGGCGAGUCUGUAUCAGUUAUCAAACACACAGAUCCUGUGCCGGACCCUCGAGCUGUUAAUCAAGAUAAGAAGAAUAUGCUGUUUUCUGGUACCAACAUAGCCGCAGGACGUGCCAUCGGCGUGGUCGUCUGCACUGGCGUUUCCACAGAGAUCGGCAAAAUCCGUAACCAGAUGGCCUCCACGGAGCAGGAGAAGACGCCGUUGCAGCAGAAGCUGGAUGAGUUCGGCCAGCAGCUCUCCAAAGUCAUCUCCCUCAUCUGCGUGGCCGUCUGGGUCAUCAACAUCGGCCAUUUUGGCGACCCCGUCCACGGCGGCUCUUGGGUCCGCGGGGCCAUCUACUACUUCAAGAUCGCUGUAGCAUUAGCAGUGGCUGCCAUCCCUGAGGGGCUUCCCGCUGUCAUCACCACCUGUCUGGCCCUGGGCACCCGCCGCAUGGCCAAGAAGAACGCCAUCGUCCGUUCACUGCCCUCUGUGGAGACGUUGGGCUGCACCUCUGUCAUCUGCUCCGACAAGACAGGCACUCUGACCACCAACCAGAUGUCUGUGUGUAGGAUGUUUGUGGUGGAUAAGGCAGACAGCUCCAGCUGUUCCCUCCAUGAGUUCAACAUCACUGGCUCAACCUAUGCUCCAGAAGGACAAGUGCUGAAAGGCAUUAAACCUGUACAGUGCGGAGACUACGAUGGCCUUCUCGAACUGGCGACUAUCUGCUCCAUGUGUAAUGACUCUUCCCUGGACUACAAUGAGGCUAAAGGAGUUUAUGAGAAGGUGGGGGAGGCCACAGAAACGGCGCUGACCACUCUGGUGGAGAAGAUGAACGUCUUUAAGACUGACCUGUCUGGCCUCAGCAAAGUCGAGAGGGCAGGAGCGUGCAACUCGGUUAUCAGGCAGCUGAUGAAGAAGGAGUUCACUCUGGAGUUCUCUCGCGACAGGAAGUCUAUGUCCGUGUUCUGCACACCUACUAAAACAGGCUCGCAGAGCAAGAUGUUCGUUAAGGGUGCUCCAGAGAGUGUGAUUGACCGGUGCUCACAUGUGCGAGUGGGCUCAGGGAAGGUGGAACUGAGCAUGACUGUGAAGGAGGAGCUGAUGGGGACGAUCAGAGAUUGGGGCACAGGGAAGGACACACUGCGCUGCCUAGCACUAGCCACACGGGACACGCCCCCUCGCAAACAGGACAUGGACCUGGAGAACUCUGCCAAAUUCUCUGAGUAUGAGUCUGACCUGACCUUCGUCGGCUGCGUGGGCAUGUUGGACCCGCCCAGGAAGGAGGUGAUUGGUUCUGUGAAGCUGUGCAGCGAAGCAGGCAUACGUGUCAUCAUGAUCACGGGUGACAACAAAGGCACCGCUGUAGCCAUUUGCAGACGCAUUGGCAUCUUCACUGAGGAUGAGGAUGUGAACGGGAAGGCCUACACGGGCCGUGAGUUUGACGACCUGUCUCCCGAAGCUCAGAGAGAGGCUGUCAAGAUAGCGCGGUGUUUUGCCCGGGUUGAACCCGCCCACAAGUCCAAGAUCGUGGGCUACCUGCAGUCGUUUGAUGAGAUCACAGCCAUGACUGGCGACGGAGUGAAUGAUGCUCCUGCUCUGAAGAAAGCUGAAAUCGGCAUCGCGAUGGGCUCCGGGACGGCUGUGGCCAAGUCUGCCUCAGAGAUGGUGCUGUCGGACGACAACUUCUCCACCAUCGUGGCAGCCGUGGAGGAGGGCCGAGCCAUCUACAACAACAUGAAGCAGUUCAUCCGCUACCUUAUCUCCUCCAACGUGGGAGAGGUUGUCUGCAUCUUCCUGACUGCGAUUCUGGGGCUUCCUGAAGCUCUGAUCCCGGUGCAGCUGCUGUGGGUGAACCUGGUCACAGAUGGCCUCCCUGCCACCGCUUUGGGCUUCAACCCCCCAGACCUGGACAUCAUGGACAAACCACCUCGCAAUCCCAAAGAGCCACUCAUCUCUGGCUGGCUCUUCUUCAGAUACCUCGCCAUUGGAGGAUAUGUGGGAUUAGGCACAGUUAGUGCUGCCACCUGGUGGUACCUGUUUGAUGAGCAGGGUCCUCAGGUGUCUUUCUACCAGCUGAGGCACUUCAUGCAGUGUACGGACGAGAACCCUAUGUUCCAGGGCAUCGACUGUGAGGUAUUUGAGUCCCGCUACCCCACCACUAUGGCCCUCUCUGUGCUCGUCACUAUAGAGAUGUUCAACGCGCUCAACAGUCUCUCGGAGAACCAGUCUCUGUUGAGGAUGCCGCCGUGGGUUAAUAUCUGGCUUUUGGGAGCCAUCAUUUUGUCCCUGUCUCUACAUUUUCUCAUACUGUACGUGGAGCCCCUACCGUUGAUCUUUCAAGUGACCCCUCUGCGCUGGUCCCAGUGGAUAGUUGUCCUCAAAAUCUCCAUUCCAGUCAUCCUCUUGGACGAAGCACUCAAAUACAUCUCCCGGCAUCAUUUAGAAGGUGAAGAGGAGGAGAGGUAUAUGAAGAGUCGGCAGCUGAAAUUCUAGGACAACUCCUUCAGCACAUGCGCACACACACACACACACGGAUACAGAUACACACACAUACACUCAAACAAGCUCCCCUUCCCUUCUUGCCUUUGCGUUUCGGGCACCUCAGACUCCUUUUUGCUUCUUUAAAAUAAAUUCCCUGCAUGUCCAGCCACCACUAGAAACGAGCAGGGCUUGUUGGUGUGCGUGUGUAUGUGUGUGUGCGUGUGUGUGGUUGCAUGUCAGCACAAGCACGACCCCGGUCACGCAACGUUGCGUGACAAGCAGCUAAAGUUAUUUAGGGAUUCUUGUUGCUUCUUUUUAUACGGCUUCUUGGCUUCCACUCGUGCUGUAGAUACUAGUGCAAUAACUGGAGCUUGGGGAGCAGAGAGGGGAGAGGCCACAGUCAAAGGUUAAGGUCCUGAUGUUGGGUUUUACUUUGGGAAUCAGGGCCUUUGGAGGACAUUCAGGCCACAGAUGGACAGCUUGUUCAGUCCUGAAGAGAGCCAUGGGAGAUGGAGGAAGAGGAUCGAGACACCAUCUGGACAUCUCACUGUGUGGCGUGUGAAUGUGUUUGUAUGUGUCUAUGUGACUGUGAGCAUGAACGGACAAGGCCAGUCUGACCGAGUGGUCUCGCUUGUUCAUACUUGACUGUCUCACUCACUCUCUCUUGCUUCAUCUUCCUGUAUCAUCUCAUCAGAUUCCCAGAAUUCACCUGUUCAUGCCCUGCACACAAAUGUUCUUUUGUAGCUAUUGUUGAGAGAUAGCUGGCCAGUACAUGGGGUGGCCGGUAGCCUAGUGGUAGAAGAGGUAAGCAAGCAACCGAAAGGUUGUGAGUUCAAAUCCAAGAACAAACUGGGUAUACCUGGUUGUGCCCUUGGGCAAGGGUCUUAACCCCCUCCGUUGUCCCUGACAAUGCUGUGGUGCCCCCAGACUUGGCACCAAAAAUACAAAUUCCCCUUGUAGGAUCAGUAAAGUACAUAACAAAGCUGGACAGAACUUUGGCAAAAAAUUGCAUUCAACCUAAUGAAAAAACUGUACCACACAGCUUAGUUUUUGUCAGAGUACCUACCUUUAGAUAGGUAUGCGCAUGACAGAUAACACUGUAGGGGCUCCCGGGUGAGAGCAUAAUUGGCUCUCUUUCUCUGUAUGUAUAGGGUGGUUCUUCUUCUCCUUCCAAUAUACGGCACCAACACGGGCAUCUUAGCGUUCUCCUCCAAGUGUGUUGAGCUGUCUGAUCAUUAGCAGCAGCUGGCUUCAUGUGAUUAGGUGGAAGCAUGCGCCAGCCUUCACUCUGCCAUCUUGAGAAUUGGGAGAAACUUAGCUAGUGGGUGGAACUGGACGUUGGACAUAAAAUGGGAAUAUGCCCAUAUAUGGCAAGUACACUGAGGAAAAUAGUGUCAGUACAUGCCAAAGAACAGUGGUCACCAAACCCCCGCCUGGAGAAUUACCUUCCUGCAGUCUUUGACUGUAGCCCUAAUCGACCACCUGAUCUAGUUGUUGCCUUUAGAUGUUCCUUUGUUAGACAGAUCAGGUGUGUUAGAUUUGGGUGGAAGUAAAACCCACAGGAAAGUUCAUCUCCAGGAGGAGGGUUUGUGACCGCUGUCAUAGAGUAACAUGCAGCAUAUCCUGGAAAUAUAGGCUACAACAUUAACUUAGCUAGUCAGCAAGGUUAAAACAGCGGAAGCUAAUGAACUUUCGGCUGUGACUGUCAAUCAAAUGUUUACCCCUAAUAGGCUUGAUUAUAAGACUACAGAAAGUAUGACCCAUCUAACAGUGUGAUUUUUCACAAGUAUAUUUGAAAUUAAUAACACACUCUAAAUUUAGGUAGUUUGACAUUUAUGCUACAAUGUCUUAUUCGGUUGAAUUAGAUUUUUUGCCAAUGUUUUGUGAAGCUUGUACAAUCUCGCAGCAGUUGCUACGAAAGAACAUGGAGGAUAGCUAGGUCAGUAGUCCAGAUACCACAUAAAGAUGCUCAACUUAGUGAAAAAAGUGGCACUAACAAGCAGCACCAGCAACAGGUUCUAAAAAAAAAAACUGAAGAUGGGAGGCAGAGGCUGAUGAGGUUCAUCAAAUGAAUGUGUAGGCAGAACGUAUUGAUAAAGUUUACACACAAGUUCACCAAAUUACAUGUAGCCAUGGUUUAAAGGAGUAGCUCAACUAAAUUGGAGGCUACUAAGCACCGUUUGGCAUAAUUUCAUUUGCAUCCCGGUUGAACAUGUUUUAAAGGAGGAGCCCAACUAAAUAUGCUAACAGGAAUAAUGAAUGAAAACUAGUAACCAGUUAGCAUAAAUGAAUUUGCCUGACGCUAACUGGUGGCUAUUCGCGUUCAUUCGCUGUUAGCUUCUGCAUUUCUGACUGAACCUUUUUUUAAUGGAGUGGGCAAACUAGCCAAGAGCUCACAGAUGAGCAUGCAGUUUUAGCUGAUUCAGUACUAGCAUCUAGCAGCACUAGCAUGGCCCUAGUAGAUAAAUGUGAAUAGCUCUGCUGUGCUUUACUGCUUUCAGGGCGUUUGCUCCUGAUCUGACUCUCUGAAAAUGUACAGUCUAUUAGCGCUUCUAACAUGUGCUUUCCCUCUCUUUCUCUUUCUCUUUCUCUCCGUUCACAUUGUACUAAUUUCACAGGAACACUAGUCAACAGGAGCUGCUAGCAUUUCCAACACGGAGCAGUUUAAGAAUUCAGUUUACUCAAAUAUUUAUAAGGAGCAGUUUUACGGAUGACUAACGGCUGAUUUAGUGAGAGGAAGAGGAAAAAGAGGAAGUCUGUGAAGAAAGUAGAGCACCAAGGGAAUCCUGGUAAUUAAGACCGCUCCAAGCAUUAGCCUACUUAGCAAGCAACCUUAGUAACAGUUUUGAUGCGUAACGUUAUCUGAAGCCGUUUAUGUUAAGAUAGUCUACUCACGCAUGUGCGAGCACACACAUAUAUACUCCACACACCCAGCAAAGGAGUCUUACAUGAAUGUACCUUCACUUUCUUCUCCUUCUUUAAUACUUUGUGAAUGUCGCUCCUCUUCGCGCUCUCCGGCCCACAGCUAGGCAGCUCGAGCCGAACCCCCUUUUGUUUACGUAUUUUAAUCGUACGACCGUUUUCUCUCCUCAUGCUUUCCUUCGCUUUUAUUUCCAUCUCGAGUUCCACUCAACCGGUUCAUUUCAUAGUCGCUGAAUGUCGUCUCCAGGACUUGAAAAAGCAGCGGAACAUUUAAGCGGGCCACCAUACGACACCGCUUUAAAUGUUGAGGGGCUUGUCACCACCAGUGCUUUGGCAAUCUUGAUUAACUUGGCUACUCGUUGUUUAUUUUUUCAAAGAAAUAAUAGUAGUAAUAAUAAUGUGUUUGACUGAACGAACCCAGGCGGUUUAGGUUGUCCGUUUUGCUGUCAGGAAGGGUAUAAUAUUCCCUCACUGUCUGUUGAUAUGGGCCAGUGCGUGUAGAGAAUUAGCAUACGAGCUAAUUCCAUUGCCUGUGUGCCACUAUGAACUUUGAACUUCGCUAACUUUGGGAGAUGUUGUCUAAUAUCUGUCCUGUCUCUGUCCAGUUCUGAAGCACUUAUCUUUGUGGCAGAUGUUUUACGUGAGAUGUGUAGCCUACAGUGUGUUGGCGGCCAUUUUUCUUAUGUCAGUAACGGUCAGUGUCGUCCGACAGUUCAGUGAUUUCAGCUUACUCUGUGCACUGUCAGUGAUCACAUUUGCUCUGGCUUGAAUUGAGAGCUUGUGGAUGCUCUUCAGGUUGAAGCAGGACUUUUACGAUGACCAUCAAGCCUCGUCCGCAGAGUUCUUUGAUGAUGACAUCUUUCUAGUGACCAUGUAACUCUAAACCCAGCAUACUGACAUAAGGCAAUAAUGAGGCCUCCUUCCAUCACCGUGGCUACAGAAACCACUGGCAGUCCAAGCAACAGAAAAUGUGGGCUCAUACAGCCUUGCUAAUUACUACUGAUCUUCUUGAAAAUCUGUACAGGAAAAAAAAUAAGAUUGCAUGGAACCUUGUUACUGUAAUUAAUAACCUAUACAGUAUAUAAUAUUUAAUUUUUUUUAAAUAUUAACUCACUUAAAAUGAAACCUAUUUACCGACAGCUAAAGAACUGAGUCAGACUUUUUUUUUUUCCUGCCCAAGGACGUUGCAUCAGAGGAUUUUGUUCGGUUUGUGGAAAUAGCAGAGGGUGCUUAUUAAUUGUUACUGUUUGUUUUUAAAGGUUGUUGGAGUUUUUUUGUCUUUUACUUAAGUUUUGGGGUUGAAACAUUGUAAAAUAAAGAUAAGAAUCAUGCUAAUAAUAUUUGAGGAUUUUUUUUUUUUACAGUAAUUGUAAUUUGGUUUAAGAAUAUCUAUCUGAGAAUUUUGUUUGUUUUCCCAGAUGAAUCCAGGCCCUAUUCACUUCCUGUAGUCAGUACAUGUUCGGGAAAGUCAACGAUGCAGGGAUUUUCAUUUUAAAAUGGUACAUCAUCUUGUAAAUAUAAGCUAAUACCUUCCACCUGACAUAGACUUAACAAAGGAACCACAUGUAACUCUCUUAAACAAGGUGUGAUACGAAACGUUGAACUCAACAUGAAUUUUUUGUCCCCUAGCCGGACGUGGCGAGGGAAAGUAAGUAGGGGCUGAUUCGGGAAUGGAUUGCGGUUUACACAGAGCAAUGUCCAGUGAUGAAUGCUGGGUAAUGAAGUUUUUUCAUGUCUGUACAUUUUGAAGGGCUUGGGGUGGGUACAGAGGCUUCAGAGGCGCACGACUUUAGUUGUGUAUUAGUUUUGCGGGUUUGUGAGGAGUUUACAUCUUAAUCUAUUUAUUAAUAUUUUAGUCAUUCGUUGAUCAGUUGAUGCUGAUUAAUUAUUCAUUUAUCUGAUUUCUCCGCUGUAGACAGUGGCAUGGUUCUUCUCUUGGCAUCUUCUGGCAUCAGGGAAAUAAACCAUCCAGAGUAGGUUCAUAUUUAUGGACCUGGCACCCCUGUACCUACUGCAUGCGCAAUUUCUGUCGAGCAGCUUCUGGAGCCUUGUAUCCACUACUGAGAAUGGAAUCUCUGCAUUGCCUUGGUAAUAUUAAUUGUGGAUACAUAAUUUUAUAUAUAUGAAAAAGACAUGGAAAUAAAGAUUAUUUAUCUUGUUAUUUA